AUGAACAUGCAAACUGCUGCUUUUUACAUGCACAAGACUGACUAUCGAGCGUUUGGCAGGUCAAACCCAAGAAGACGCAUCCAGGGACCACGGUCUGCAUUGACUGAUUUCCUGGCUGCACACAAUAUCUCUGCAGCUGAUAUCCGGCAGACAGCCAGCCAGAGAGCCAGCCAGGCCCAGCGGCAUAACGAAGCUAUCCAAGCUGAAGAAGCCAGACAGGCUGAGCUAGAAGUAGCUGAGGCAGAGGCAGAGGCAGAGGUAGAGGCAGAGGUAGAAGCCGAGAUAGAAGCUGAGGCACAGCUGGCCAACGCGAGAAAACGCAAACGGCUCACGGCAGCAGCAGCAGCGAAGGCCAAAGCCAAAGAGAAAGCCAAGGCAAGACGCCAGGGAGCCGAUGUCUCUGAUGAUGAUGAAGACUACGAGGAGGCAUUCAGUAAGGCUCGUGUGCCUGUUGCGGGCCAGUUGGCGAACUGCGAGCUAUGCAAUAAGCGCUUCACAGUGACUGCGUACAGCAAGACGGGGCCUGAUGGAGGACUGCUGUGUACCCCCUGCGGCAAGCAGAUGGCAGCAGACGAGAAGAAGGCUAAGCCGAAGCCGAAGAGACAGGGGACGAGAGCGAAGAGGCAGAAGUACAGUAACCUGCUGGACGGCAUUGCACAGCAGGGGGCGUUUAGCUUGAUGGAGAUGUGUAUCAAGCAAGUGGCGAACAAUAUCAACGAUGUGGAGGAGUUUGGGGACUUGCCUGGGGAUCUGCUGCUGCGGCUCAGCCAGAUACUGAGCAAACGACGGGCGAUGAACCGGCGGACUCUGGGACUGUUCCUACGCAGCGACAUCAACACCAUUGACAUCUACGAUGCAGCUCAACUGGAGGAAGAGGACUUUCAGCGGGUGUUCGCGGUGAUGCCGUUCCUGGAGCGAGCCAACCUGCGAUGUGCCGGGCAGCUCAAGGACGGCGUGCUGGAGUACGUGAUGGGCCGGGAGAGCCGCCUCAAGCAUCUGACGCUGGACGCAUGCAACCUGGUGUCCGAGGGCUGCUGGCGACGGUUCUUCCAGACCUGCGGCUCGAAACUGGAGACGGUCCAGCUGUCGAACCUCGACUGCGCGUUCGACGACGAGACGGUGGCAGUGAUGGUCGCGAGCUGUCCCAACCUGCGCCGGCUGAAGCUGACGGACUGCUGGAAGAUCACCUACGGCUGUCUGGGAGCCAUUGCCAGCCUGGACAAGCUGGAGCACCUCUCGCUGGACAUGGGACACCGACACCAGGACAGCGGCAGCGGCAGUGGAAGUGGUGAGACAGCGGAACAAGACCUGGAGAGCGUGAAUGCACUGCUGAGAGCGAGAUGCAGCGGCCUCCGCACCCUCUCGCUGCAACACUGCAAGCCGCUGGACAACUCGAGCCUGGCGAUAGUGCACGACCACGCCCGCCAUCUGACCAAGCUGCGCCUGUCGCAUAACGAGAACUGCACCGACGCUGCACUGGCAUCGCUCUUCACUGCCUGGCCGAACCCGCCACUGACCUUCAUCGACCUGUCCAGCGUGCGCACCUUCACUCCUACCGCCGUGGACGCAGACGACGACGACGCCGUCGACCAUCCCGGCCUGGGCAGCGAGGGCUUCCGGGCCCUGAUGGCGCACUCUGGCGAGAGACUCGAGCGACUGGACAUCUCGUCCUGCCGGCAGGUGAAGUACCAGGCCUUCGAGGAUGUCUUUGGCCAGGAGACUAAAGACAAGCAGAAGAAAGAGAAGACGUAUCCUUGUCUGCGCGAGGUCGACCUGUCCUUCCACACGCGCGUUGACGACGUGGCUAUGCGCCGGCUGUUCAUGGCCUGUCCGGCCCUGCGCAAGGUCACUGCCUUUGCAUGCUUCAAUGUCGUUGAUGUCCAGCCGCCGCCCGACGUCGCCCUCAUCGGAGGCCUGAAUGCCCAUACCAUGUAA